CUAUAAGGCUGUAGCAGCUCUGCCUUUGAGCACGUCGGCAACAUCAAGACUUCAACCUGCUGCUGCGUCAAAACCAGAAGUGAGCUGCACAGGAAGAGGAGGUCCUCCCCUCCAUCAGACCUGAGCUGAUGUUCAGUCUGACAUUCAGACAGUCAGCAGCAAGACAGCAUGGAGGUCACAGCUGUCUGCCUCACACUGGUGAUGAAAGUUUUGCUCCUGCGUAGUUCCUCUGCUCAGAACAGCGAUCUAGUUUCUCUUCAUGUUGAUCCCAGCAGACUGCAGCUCUUCCUGUAUGAGUCCGUCUCUUUCAGCUGCGAGGGUCUCGACGGCUCCGCUGAAUGGAGAGUGAUGAGGAAGAUCAAGAGGCUAAUUAACACCUGUCCCACCAACUGCAGCAUCAGAGCUGCCUACGCAGUGGAUGGUGGGAAAUACUGGUGUGAGAACGAGAACGGAGAGAGAGGCCAUGUUGUUAACGUCGUUGUCGCUGCUGGCUCUGUGAUCCUGGAGAGUCCUGUCCUUCCUGCGAUGGAGGGAAGUGACGUCACUCUGCGCUGCAGGAACAAGACGACUCCCUCCAACCUCACAGCUGAUUUCUAUAAAGAUGACUUCCUCAUCAGGACCGGCUCAACAGGAAAGAUGACCAUCCACAGUGUCUCCAAGUCUGAUGAAGGUUUCUACAAGUGCAGCGUCUCUGACUUUGAAGAAUCCCCAGAGAGCUGGCUGGCUGUCAGAGUGUUUCAUGAGGAGACUCAGGGCUGUCCUCCUGCCCACCUCCUGAUAAAGACGGUCCUCACCAGUUUAUUGAUGACAGCGCUGGUGGUGAUCGGACUGCUUCACUGUGGGAAACUCAGAGGUCAGUGUUGUAGAGAGAAGAAAAGCUGUGAUGUCAUCGUGGAGGAUGCCAAGUAGGCAGGGAAGGACAACACCUGCCAAUCAUCUGUUGCCACAUGACCUGCUGUAUUUCAGUGGCACAGCCAUCUAGUGGCCAACACUGGGACUGCAAUCUUGUCUGUGUUAUGAAGCCAUUAUGAUCAGAUGUGAUCCAUGAUGAUAUUGAGGAAAGAUGAGAAAAUGUUUGUAUGUUUCCCUGUGUUCACCUCUGUUUCUGUCACUGUCUGUUAUAUCUGUAGUUAUUUUACCUGAUUAAUUUCUUUCUUGUUUGUUUUGUGACUUAUACUGUAUUUGUAAAGAGAGAACCAGGUCUGUAUCACAACAGGAGAGAAGUAAAAACAGAUA